CCUCCUCUCUCUCGCGUCGCCUCAUCAUUUACCCCUCGUGCUCUCUCUCUCGAACCUUCCAAAGCCAGAACCCUAGCGAGCUCGGAACCCUAGCAGCGCGCGGAUCUCAUCUCGCGCUCCCCGCUCCCCGCCCAUGGACGAGGACUUCGACAUGCCCGCGCCCGGCGCCGACGACCUGAUGGGCGACGACGAGAUGGGCGGCUUCGGCGGCGACGAGGGGCCGGUGAUGAAGGUGGGCGAGGAGAAGGAGGUCGGGAAGCAGGGGCUCAUGAAGAAGCUGCUCAAGGAGGGCGAGGGGUGGGAGACCCCCGAGGUCGGCGACGAGGUCGAAGUGCAUUACACCGGUACGCUCCUGGAUGGAACAAAGUUUGACUCAAGCCGUGAUCGUGGCACACCCUUCAAGUUCAAGCUGGGACAAGGUCAAGUAAUAAAGGGUUGGGAUCAAGGCAUCAAGACCAUGAAGAAGGGAGAGAAUGCUGUUUUCACUAUUCCUCCUGAACUGGCUUACGGUGAAUCGGGUUCACCUCCAACUAUUCCACCCAAUGCAACUCUGCGGUUUGAUGUUGAGCUGCUUUCUUGGACCAGUGUCAGAGAUAUUUGCAAAGACGGUGGCAUAUUCAAGAAGAUACUGAAGGAGGGAGAGAAAUGGGAGAACCCAAAGGAUCCUGAUGAAGUCCUUGUGAAAUAUGAGGCUCGGCUUGAGGAUGGUACUGUUGUAUCUAAGUCUGAGGGAGUUGAGUUUACUGUCAAAGAUGGGUUUUUCUGUCCUGCACUGGCGAGAGCUGUCAAAACCAUGAAAAAGGCAGAGAAAGUGCUCCUUACAGUCAAGCCGCAAUAUGGUUUUGGUGAGAAAGGUAGACCAACAGCUGGUGAGGAAGGUGAUGUGCCACCAAACGCCACUCUGCUCAUUGACCUUGAGUUGAUUUCAUGGAAGACUGUCACAGAAAUAGGGGAUGAUAAGAAAAUCCUUAAGAAAGUUCUCAAGGAGGGAGAAGGCUAUGAGCGUCCCAAUGAGGGUGCAGUUGUUAAAGUCAAAAUUACUGGAAAGCUUCAGGACGGCACAGUGUUUUCAAAGAAGGGGCAUGAUGAAGAGCCGUUUGAAUUUAAGACCGAUGAAGAGGAAGUAAUUGAUGGUCUUGAUCGUGCUGUACUGAACAUGAAGAAGGGAGAGGUUGCUCUAGUAACGAUUCCUCCUGAAUAUGCAUUUGGUUCAACUGAGUCGAAACAGGACCUUGAUGUAGUUCCACCUAACAGCACAGUGAUCUACGAAGUUGAGCUUGUAUCAUUUGUGAAGGAUAAGGAGUCGUGGGACUUGAACAAUGAAGAGAAGAUUGAGGCUGGUGGUAAGAAGAAAGAAGAAGGGAACACUCUUUUCAAAUUGGGCAAGUAUGCUAGAGCUUCCAAGCGUUAUGAGAAGGCUGCAAAGUAUAUUGAGUAUGACAGCUCAUUCAGUGAAGAUGAGAAAAAGCAAUCCAAGCAACUGAAGAUCAGCUGCAACUUGAACAAUGCUGCCUGCAAACUGAAAUUGAAGGACUACAAGCAAGCGGAGAAGCUUUGUACCAAGGUUCUGGAGCUAGACAGCCAAAAUGUUAAGGCUCUAUACAGGAGGGCGCAAGCUUACAUCCAACUUGCUGACCUAGAGCUAGCAGAGGCCGAUAUCAAGAAGGCGCUGGAAAUCGACCCUGAUAACAGGGAUGUGAAAUUGGAGUACAAGACCCUGAAGGAGAAGAUCAAGGAGUUUAACAAGAAGGAUGCCAAGUUCUAUAGCAACAUGUUUGCUAAGAUGACAAAAUAACUGGCCGAAGACAGCAAAGCUUGAAGUGGGGGAUGUACUGAAGCGAAGGUUCAAAACCUGCCGUCUGUGCUGCUUCCUAAGGACUCGUUCAUUGCUUCACAUUUUGCUUUGUGGACUACUUCCUAAUCUAGUAGUGCGCACGGAUACUUAGUAGUUGUUAAAACUGUGAUGAGGAACAUCUACUUCCAGGAUUAUUGGCUAAAUUUUCUUGUUGAGGUCA